AUGAGGUCAACCAACCAAACAGUUGCCUCAUUAACGCCACAUUCGAGCAACCUUCCACAAAUCAAGCCCCAUCCAAAAUUAGCAGCCUGUCCCAACAAAACUAAGCCACCGGGCCAGCGCAACCAAGCAGACUGCAUCUACCCACCUGAGCAGUCUGAUCCUCUAAACCAAAGCGUAGCCAAUGCAAUACAUCAUGCAGUCUGCCCUCACACAACAAGUCAGCCUACCCCAGCCCCACCCAGAAUCCCGCUACUCCCUAAACCAUACAAUCAUCCCACGUUCACCUUAAACUUCAAGAACCCCUGCUUCUUGCAAGGGGUCAACUAUAAGUCCAGUGAAGACAUUCGCUGCGUGCCAUACUUCCUGUUACCUGGCUUCCCAAAGUGCGCCACCACUUCAGUGUGGGAAGGCCUGAAGGUGCACCCGCGAAUAAAACUGCUUCACUUCAAAGAGCCCAACUUCCUGCAUAGGUUGGAUCGAGGUGGGCUACCUUUUACCGAUGCUGUCAAAAAUUAUACUGAUACCUUUGCGGAGUCGACAAAGGCUAUAAUGUCAAGCCCGCAUUUUGUCAACAGGGAAACAUUUUACGAUCAAAUAACAGGAGAGGCAUCAGUGGAUUAUAGUUUUGAUAACCGAUACUGGCCCUUGUACCCCGGAAAUGAGAAUUGCAGGGAACCCGCCGUUACACUCGCUGAUUUUGCGCAUCGCCUCAAUCCAAACAUGAAAAUCAUUUUCGUCGUUCGGGAUCCGGUUGAAAGACUGUAUUCAGAUUACGUGUUCGAGUCGCUGUUCUUGGGCUAUCCGGUUAGCAAACAAGGCUUUCACCAGCGAGUACUUUCCACGAUAGCGGCCCACAAGUUGUGCCGGAAAUACCAGAGCGCUAGAGCAUGCGCAUACAAUAGCUCGCUCGAAACAUGGGAGGUUCGGCUGCGCGUUGGCAUGUACCACGUGUUUAUCGAGGAUUGGGCCGCGGUUUUUACUGCGAACAAUAUAGCUGUUAUCCGCACCGAGGAAUUGGACGAAGAUCGAAAAUUAGAAACAUACAGGAAAUUGUUUAAAUUUCUAGAUGUUCGUGAACUUACGCCCUUAGAAGAGAAAGCGCUUCUAAGCAAGGCAAACUUUAAUAUUGGCACUACGAAACUUGUCGUCGGUCCCAUGAUGCACGAAACGAAGAAAAUAUUACAAGAUUUCUACAGACCAUUUAACAAGAAACUCUCAAAGUUGAUACCAUAUAUUACUUACAACUAUUAGAAAA